UGUAAAUCGAGGUUGACACGAUAUUGGAAUAAUGAUUCAUACGCCGUCCACCGUAAUGUUACAAAUUACGGGGAACCGUAAAGCUACCAGGAGGGUGGAUGUAAUUAUCCCAAUCUUGGGUUGGUGUUGUACCCUUGCGACCUGACUUGGUCAUGGACCCACUAACUAUCAACUUACCUCACCGGCAGUCCAACAACUUUCUUUAUGUAGAACCAACAUCACCACAGCACAUCCUCUAAAUAUUCUGUUUCUGUUUAUUUUGGUUACCCUAUGAACCAUCUUUAAACACAACAGUGGAAACAUCAUGUCACAAUACAAAGAUAUCCUCAAAAAAGGAUGGCAUCCAGAAAAGGAGGGGACGAGCUUGAAGGGCCAAAUGAAAAGCUUGGUCGGCCGUGGUGAAGACCAAACCCGCCGCAACGAUCAUGUCGCCACGCCCAUCACGUCGCUGCGUGACCCAGCCAGCUUUGCACCUCCACCCAAGCGGAAUCCCAACGCAUCUACCGGAGAAACGAGCCCAGCAACCUCCUCAUCACCCGCCUCUCAUACCGGUCCAACCAUCCCCCCACGGGCAGGGACAACCGUAGAGUCAACACCCAACGAACCGACCGCUCCCCCCAAGCCAUGGCGCCUAGACACCACCGGUCUCUCCACCUCACACCUCCCGCCACCCCCAGGUAGAACCGACGGAGGAAACCCACGCCCCGCCCCUCCCACACCGCAAUCAGGCGGCGGCAGAGCUCCUCCAAGCCUCCCACCGCGCCUCCCGCCACGAUCAUCCACCUCCUCACCAGCGACGCCCUCCCCCUCCUCCUCGGCCCUCCCCGCGCGGCAACCCGCCCCCGGCCCGGAGCAGGGCUACAUCAACCAAUCCGCCGUGAGCCGCCUCGGCGCAGCGGGCAUCUCAGUCCCAGGCUUCGGCAUCACCCCAUCAUCAUCAUCCACCACCACCACCGCACCACAACCACCAACAACCACAACCCCAACCAAAUCCCACAUGAGCGAACUCCAAUCCCGCUUCAGCCGACUCAAAACCACCACCCCCAAAGGAGAAGCCAACAGCGGCUCCAACGGCGGCGGAACAACCCUCGCCCAAAAACAGGCAGCGGUGCGCACGGCCGCCGCCUUCCGGGCCGACCCGUCAUCCGUGUCGCUGUCCGACGCGCGGGCGGCGGCGUCGACGGCCGAGAACUUCCGGCAGCGGCACGGCGAGCAGGUCGCGGGCGGGCUGAGGGCGGCGGGGGGGUUGCAGGCGCGGUUUGGGGGCGGGGGUGGGGGUGUAGGUGGGGGUGGGAAUGAGAAUGGGAAUGGGGGUGGGAAUGGAGGUGGGAGUGGGAUGAUGGGGGUUGGGGCGGUGGGUAGUGGUAUCGCGGCGCUGGCGGGCAAGAAGAAACCGCCUCCGCCGCCGCCGCCGAAGAAGAAGCCUGGUUUGUCGGGGGGAGCGGUAGGGGUGGGGCAGGGACAGGAACAGGGUGGUGAGAAUGAUGAGCCGCCGCCGAUUCCUAUGGCGACGAAGCCGCGGUUUUAGUGGGCUCUGGGCGGAAGUUGAGGGAAGUGUGCCCCAUGACUUUGACGUUCACUCCGGCACGGCAUUGCACAUUGCGAACUUUACAACAAAUGGAACCAGAUAUGGGCGGAGGGGGUCGACGCGUCUUUUGUCGGGCACUGGUCAGGCUACAGUCUACGUGGGACUAUAGAACGCACGACUGUGUUGUACGUCUGAAUAUGCCAAGAGGGACGGGGAUGGGGCAUUGAGCCUUUUGCGACUGAGUGUAUAGACGGGCACAAUCCCAGUUCCUUAAACCUUCAUCUCCUUGAGACCGUGCUUCCACGCA